UGAGACAUGAGACUGUGAAAGAGACAAGAGGCACAGACAGAAACAGAGACAGAGACUGAGACAUGAGACUGUGAAAGAGACAUGAGGCAGAGACGGAAACAUGAGGCAGAGACGGAAACAUGAGGCAGAGACAGGCCUGGCAGGAGGUCGUUGUGUCUGACAAGCAUUCUGCCCUCACGUCACCCUUGAGGGGUGUAUGUGCGUACUUGCGUGCAUGUGGCGUGUCCUUGCAAGCGUUAAUGCAUGUCGUGUGUAGGGACACAUUAAAGAGAUCUUUCACAAGAAUUAUGAAAUCAACAUCUUGGGAUGGGGCUGGCUAAAUGUUCUUCUUAAGCAAUUCACUACCCCCCCUCCCAAUCCCAGUCCAAGCCCUAAACCACUCAGGACAGUACGUCUAAAGCUGCCCAUAACCAGACACUGCUGUUUGUCAGAGUUGUGUAACACUAGUGAAAUCCCAUUUGGAACGUGAUAAGCAUGUAUGUCCAGGCUGAUAGUGUCAUGCUCCAGUCAUUGGGUCCAUUCUCUGUAUUUCACUUUUUCUGCAGAGAAAGUGUCUGUUGGCUGAUUGGAGGAAAAUGGGGUUUCCUAGUGGCAUGUUGUAGGUCAGGAUACUGCCGUUGCUUUGCUGAUAGUUCACUUAGGUUGAGAGAGUCUCAGAUGAAUAAAGUUUGCGCCGAGGUUGAGAGAUAUAAAGAUACCAGGGUUUCUUUCGGCGGACCAUCCGCCUCAAGCUGGAAUAUGACAAGUGUGAACGCCGAUGUAAGAUCCUGAAGAAGAACCGGAACAAAUGCCAAUACUGCCGCUUCCAGAAGUGCCUGUCUGUGGGCAUGUCCCACAAUGCGAUCCGUUUUGGUCGGAUGCCCCAGUCAGAGAAGCUGAAGCUGAAGGCAGAGAUCCAGACGGGGGACAGGGAGGUGGAGGACCCCGAGCAAGCUGACCAGAAGACCCUGGCCAGGCACAUCUAUGAGGCCUACCUCAAAAACUUCAACAUGAACAAGGCCAAAGCCCGCACCAUCCUCACCGGAAAGACCAGCACUCCACCAUUUGUCAUCCACGACAUGGAUACCCUCCAGCUGGCAGAGCAGACCCUCGUUGCCAAGAUGGUGGGCACGGCUGGGGGCCAUCUGCUGGAGAAGGAGGCUGAGGUCCGCAUCUUCCACUGCUGCCAGUGCACCUCUGUGGAGACGGUCACAGAGCUGACUGAGUUCGCCAAGUCUGUCCCCGGCUUCUCCAGCCUGGACCUGAACGACCAGGUGACUCUGCUGAAGUAUGGAGUGUACGAGGCGCUGUUCGCCCUGCUGGCCUCAUGUAUGAACAAGGACGGCCUCCUGGUGGCCUACGGAUCGGGAUUCAUCACCAGGGAGUUUCUCAAGAGUCUGAGGAGGCCCUUCAGCGACAUGAUGGAACCCAAGUUCCAGUUCGCCAUGAAGUUCAACGGGCUGGAGCUGGAUGACAGUGACCUGGCCCUGUUUGUGGCCGCCAUCAUCUGCUGUGGAGACCGUCCCGGCCUGGUGAACGUUGGCCACAUUGAGCGCAUGCAGGAGAACAUUGUUCAGGUGCUGCGGCUCCACCUGCUGGCCAACCACCCAGACGACACCUUCCUCUUCCCCAAGCUGCUGCAGAAACUGUCCGACCUCCGGCAGCUGGUCACCGAGCACGCUCAGUUGGUCCAGGAGAUCAAGAAAACAGAGGACAUGUCACUCCACCCCUUGCUGCAGGAGAUCUACAGAGACAUGUACUGAGACACUGAGCCCAGAGAGGAGGGUGGGGGCUGGGUCACACACCCUCCUCACCCUCCAUCUUGGGGACAUGUACUGAGUCUAGAAAGGAGGUUGCCCUCCAUUUUGGGGACACAUGCGUGAACAGUCUCUCUGAAUAGUCCCACCAUGAAAGGAUUGGACCACUGGACCCCCAGAUGCAGGGUUGCUCAUCUUUCAGACAGGACCGGUCAGGACAAUAGGACUAUAUUCUGGGCACCUGUAGUGGGGUCCACUACUCCCACAGGGACCUAUAGGGUCAUAUUACCUGUGUGGAUGGGCAAUGUGAAGCUGAACUGAGUGUCCUGUUCCGGUGUUUGUCCUAACUAGAGAACAUGUAUUGGGCUGGGUUUAGACACCUUUGGCCAACGUCAGAAAUAAGUACACGGAUCAAAUAAUCAAUUGCUUGUUUAGAUAACAGUGGCUGUGUUUAGACAGGCAGCCCAAUUCUGAUAUUUUUUUCACUAAUUGGUCUUUUGACCAAUCAGAUCAGCUCUGAAAAAGAUCUGAUAUGAAAAGAUCUGAUGUGACUGGUCAAAAGACCAAUUAGUGGGAAAAAGAUCAGAAUUGGGCUGCCUGUCUAAAUGCAGCACAUGAUUAAGUCAGACUAUUGCCACAAGAGUCCCUGCUAGAGGGCAUCUCUUUCCUAUACGGUACACACAUCUCUGACCUAAUCAGGCCCUUGAGUGUUGAACAGCAGGACGUAUCGACAGAAUCACCACUCCAGCAGUAUCUUUAUAACUAUGUCAUUUUGUAACUAACUUCAGAGUGAGAGAAAAGAAUGAUAAUGUUGCACACCUAUUUUGCAGUAAAGACACCCAAGCGACUUCAAUGCCGAAUACAGACUUCAGAUGUGAGUGACUGUGUCUCCCUGUAAGGCAGCUUUUUAGCGAUUGGAUGUUCUCCCCCAGUGAGGUUAUGGGAUUGCAUGGUCAAUAAGGUCCUCAUGAGGUUCUGUCUCUCUCACUGCCGGUGUGUGUGUCUCUCCUAUAUUCAGUUUCCUAACACUGUACCAGGUUACUGUCCCUCAGAUGUGGCUGCAGAGGCUCAAAAUCCAACUCACAGUACAAGUAAAUAUAA